AAUAAAAUAUGAUCAUGGUGGGUCAUUAGAUCAGAGAUUGUAAAAGCUUUUCAAAUAAGGAAAUGAAACGAGUAUUUAAAAACGACCGGAAAAAAAAAAGUAAAGCGAGUAUUUAAAAUUAAAGGGAAUAUAUACAUUGACUUGACCUAAACCAACCAAUUUUGAUGAAAGCUCACUAAAUUCUACUGUAUAUUUAUAUUAUAGUACCAUAAAAUAUUUCAAGCCGAUAGAUAAAUCUAAUCAAAUGGACACCAACUAAAAAGUUAUUGUUAAACAAAGUCCUAAGCAUCCUAACUCCUACCAAGCCUUUGGAGGCUUGACCUAAAUUAGGCACGUUUUAACCCAAACCACACUUAAAAAAAAUUGAACCUCCCUUGAAACCAGAAUCUAUUGAAAUUCUAUGAAAUUAGGGUUCUAUAAAUUACCCUGUUUUCCUCCCAUUCUCUCUCCCUCACACAAAACUAACUUCCUUAAAUUCCCCUUUUCUCUCUCCUCUUAUAUCGCUUCCUACCCACUUAUUAUUCCUUCAUUGCCGUCAUCUUACCCAACAAAUUAAUUAUUACUCUUGCUGUUACAAAUCUCAAUAAUCCUUCAUCAUAAUCUUAAUUAAUACCCAAGAUAAUAUAUAAUUCUUGCUGUUACAAAUCUUUUCAACAAUCCGCCAUCAUAAUCAGAGAAAUCAAAGAUUAGCGUGAAUGUUUUAAUGGAGUCAAAAGGUGGGAAGAAGAAGUCUAGUAGUAGUCGUAAUAAUUACGAAGCUCCUCUCGGUUACACCAUUGAAGACGUUCGUCCUAACGGUGGUAUCGAAAAAUUCCGAUCCGCUGCAUACUUUAACUGCGUGAGGAAGCCAUCCUGAUAUUUGCCGGAGUUCAGUAGAUUAAUUAAUUUUUUUUUUUAAACAAAAACCCUAGAAUACCAAAAAAAAAACGUUAAUUUUGAUUUGUAGCCAUGACCGUAGAUACAGAAAACGUUUCAGCAAUCGGGUUCGAGGGUUUCGAAAAACGACUAGAGAUAACAUUCUCGAACCCCCCAGUGUUCACUGACCCAACCGGGUUAGGACUACGGUCCUUGACUCGACCUCAACUUGACUCGAUCCUGGAUGCAGCUUCAUGUACCAUUGUAUCCCAGCUUUCGAACACGGUGUUCGACUCGUACGUCCUCUCCGAAUCGAGUAUGUUCGUGUACGCAAACAAGAUCAUUCUCAAGACAUGUGGGACUACGAAGCUGUUACUCUCGAUUGAUUCGAUACUCAAGCACGCAAACUCGGUUGGACCUACUGUGUCAAGUGUUUUAUAUUCGAGGGGAAAGUUUAACUUCCCUAGUGAACAGGUUGCUCCUCAUAGAAGCUUUUCGGAGGAAGUUAGUUAUUUGAACGGGUAUUUUGGUAAUUUGGCAUUGGGGUCGUGUGCUUACGUUCUCGGUGAUCCGACGAAUCAGAAUCGUUCUUGGCAUGUUUACGCCGCGGCCGAGGUGGCGGAUCGGACGACGGACGUGGUUGGUGUAGAGAUGUGCAUGACGGGGUUAAAGAAGGAAAAGGCGUUGGUGUUUUAUAGAAAGGAGGGGCAUUUUGCUAAGGAAAUGACUAAAAUGUCCCGGAUUGAUGACGUCAUCAAAAGUCACGUGAUUUGUGACUUUGACUUUGACCCUUGUGGGUACUCUAUGAAUGGGGUCGACGGUGGGGCCUACUCAACUGUGCACGUGACCCCCGAAGAUGGGUUUAGUUAUGCUAGCUAUGAGGCCAUGGGGUUUGACCUUAGUUCGGUCCGGUUCGAGUCGUUGGUCCAAAGGGUGCUUAGGUCUUUUGAGCCUAAGGAGUUUACUGUUGCUGUCACGUGCUUUGGAGAGGGUUUGGCACGUGAGUGGGUGAAUGUGAAUGGUGCUGAUGUGGAAGGGUUCACGUGCCGAAGUGGUGUGAAGCAAGAGCUGCUAGGUGGCGGGUUUGUUGUAUACAAGACCUACGUGGCCGAGACACCAGAGAGGGAGGUGCACACUCCUUUAUCUAUUUUGGCAUUGCCUUGUUGGAGGGCCAUGGAAGCAGCCGAAGACAGUGGCGAGGUGGUGGCUUGUGGUAGCGAGAUGGUGGCUUAUGGUGGAGAUAUACCGUCUUCCGGUUAUGGGGGUCUAAUGGGAUAUAAUUUUGUGCCACCCGUUUAAUUUAUGUAACGAAGUCAUUGUAGUAGUAGUGAGAAUAAAGGUCACGGUCAUGGCCGGAAUUGGGUGCUUACUGCUUACUACUUGGUAGUAGUAAGUUGUAAAUUUGACAAUUUGUGUCUUAUGAAGAGACAAUGGAUAUGAGUCUUGUCAAUUUUUAUGAAAUGUGAUUAUAAUGAUUUGUGAAUUUAUAUUAUCACUAGCUUUUAUUUCA